AAUCGUAUGCCAUUGCUAGUAGAGGAGUAGUUCGUUUCGGACGGCGCAUAGCCAGCGUCGAUCCGCGGGUACUUUUUAGUACUUUUUAAAACAAUACAAAUUGUUUUAUUCAUUAACGAAGAAACAAUAACUCUUUAAAAUCAAGUAAAAUGGAUCCCGAAGCGUUCCUAGAUAUGGCCAACCAGGUCAUUAAAUUAAAAAUGUUUCCAUACUUCGACAUCGCUCAUUCUUUACUUUGUGCUCUACACGUCAGAGAGGAUUUGGGACCCGGUGCACAAGCUUUUUCACGAAAACAUCCAUUAUCAUGUUGGCUCUCUACGAUGCUAGUAGUGUUUGCAAGUGGUAUGCUUUGCAAUGGAUUAUUAGGUGAACCAAUUUUAGCACCAUUAAAAAAUACACCACAAGUAAUAGUUGCAACUGUUGUUUGGUAUGUAAUAUUUUAUACACCAUUUGAUAUUGGAUAUAAAGUAGCUAAAUUUUUACCAGUGAAAAUUGCAUGUUCCGCGAUGAAGGAGAUAUACAGAUGUAAAAAAGUUUAUGACGGUGUGACUCAUGCAGGAAAACUAUAUCCAAAUGCAUAUCUUAUCAUGAUAUUAAUUGGAACACUUAAAGGUAAUGGUGCUGGAUUUACAAAGCUUUUUGAACGACUUAUACGCGGUGUAUGGACACCUACUGCUAUGGAAUUUAUGCAACCUAGUUUCCCGACAAAAGCAUCCAUGGUUGCAUCCAUAAUAUUUGUAUUAGAUAAGAAAACAGCUCUUAUUUCUGCACCUCACGCUUUGGUAUAUUUUGGCAUAGUCAUUUUCUUCGUUUAUUUCAAGUUAUCAUCCAUUUUACUUGGCAUUCAUGAUCCAUUUGUACCCUUCGAAAAUCUAUUUUGUGCCCUAUUUUUGGGAGGAAUUUGGGAUUCCCUUGCUAUAUUAUUUGGUCGAGGUCAAGCAUAGGAUGAGGAAGUAGACGUUAAGAAAAUAAAUUAAGUAUUCAUGGAAUAUCCGAAUAUCCUUCUAGCUGUAUUAUUUAUACAGUUUUUAUGGAUUAUUCCAUAUUACAGAUUAAUAUCUGUAGCAGAACAGCGAAGUGCGCUCGCAAAAUAAUGGAAUUAAGAUUUUAUUGAAUCUAGACAAAUAAUGUGUAUAGUCGUAAAAAUGACUUUUGACAAAUUGUCAAACAAAGGUAUACUAAUUCUUUAUCGUACGUGUUUCAAUUUUAGUUACCAAAGAACAUCUUAUUUUAAACAAUAUAACAACUAUUUGAUAGACUUAAUAUUAAUUCUCUUCACGAAUAGAGAAAAACUAUUGAGAUGCUUAAUUUAUUCUCUAGUCAUUAAAUAUAUACUGUGUCCUAAUUUUCAACAUUACUAAUUAAUAUUUCAACUAUACGAUGAAAUACGUUUUACCAUUUUUAUUCGUUCAUUUUAUUAAUAUUUUUAAAAAGUAAUUUGUUACCUGAAUUGAAACUUCCUAUUAUAUUUUAUAUAAUACGAAUUGUAGUUUUUGUACUAUUCCAUACAAGUAUAAUUCUAUUUAAGGAAUGCUCUUUUAAUCAUAUACAUAUAAGUGCAAAAAAUAAUUUAACACACUGAGUGAUUCAUAAGACAUAUUAUAUAAAGUAAAACAAUUCUAUAAAAGAAAACCAAAAUAAUCUUCCUAGUAUUGCAUUCUAUGAAUUAAACAAUAGAAUUAAAUAAUAAGAGAAAUGAGAAAACUUUUAUACUAUUUUGUUAGAACAUAUAAAAAAAAAAAUGAUACAUCUGUGUUAAAAAUCUUAAACUUCUUAAAUACAAUAUCGUAUUUUUUGAAAUAAAGUACUUAAGUACAUUGUAAUGUAUUAAUUAAAGAUAAUUGACAAUGUGUGUGCUGUCAUUUGUAUAAUGACAAUUAUGCAUAGUAAAUGUGUAUUUUAUAGAUGCUA